UCGACGGAUCGUCGCGCGCCGGGUAACAGCAGAUGUUCGCGGUGUGUAAGGCUCGAAUUGUGUUUCGCGUCACGCCGUGGCGACCUGUUACUCUCGAAUGGUUGACAGCUCGACAAUCGCACAGACAAUUCCGAUUUCGAUGAAAUGCCAAGCGGGUGAUUCGUUCGCGCGCGACACAUUCCGAUUCGAUAGCUCGGAGAAAAGUGACACGAGCGAAUGUGGACGUGACAAAUAAUACGAGUGCGUGAGUCGCGUUAUCGAUGCGUAUUUUCUCUUUCAACGCGAUGUAAAAAGUUUCGUUCAAUUGAAACUUUUUAGGGCCGAUACAUACAGUCGAUCGAUUUGCAUAAAACGCUCGAUAGUUACGAAAUGAAGUGUGUCACGAGACGUCAGCGCCGAUCGACAAAGCUGCGAGAUUCGAAAUUCUUGAACAUUGUUUGCGCGAAGUAAUGUAAGAUAAACGCGACGCGCAAAUUGAUACGAAUUUCGACGCGAAAUGACGUGUCGCAACAACGGAUUCGCGAUCUCGCGCGAAUAUGAUUGACGGACGAUCGGGGAGUUUCGAGAAUUUGAGUGACGCGAGGGAGAGCGUGCGAGAGAAAGAAGAAAAGCGAGGGUGUUUUUCGGUGUACUUCGGUAUAUACGACGUGACGUGACGUCACGUUGGCGGGAAAUAUUCGCGGAGUGAUUUGUUGACGAUCGGAAGGAUACGCGAGAAGUACGCGACGUGUUAUGGUCCGUGUGUUUUCGUUCGCGAUACGAAACGAUGAUAGUGACGUAGCGGCGCGGUCGUCCAUGAAUCUCGAGGAUAGAUGCUUAGAUCUCGCGGUGCUGGUGGGACAAGGGUGGUCCCGCAAGACCGUUAACAGCCCUUGUCAGGCUCGUACGCCGCUCGUCGUCGUCGGCGCCGGGCACGGUGCUACCGGCAUGAUGCCACGAGGUCUGCCGACGAGACGUGGCCUGCAAACGUUAGCCCUCGUCAUCGCCACUGCUUACGCCACGAUUCUUCUCUACCAAGCUGUCGCACCGCGUCAGUGGAUCGACGAGAUGAACGUGGCGGAAGUGAAUAGCCGAAGCGUGAUAGUGGAAGUGCCAGCAUCGAGGAAGUUAAUCAGCGAGGAGUCGGCGGUGACGCCGCCGGUGGCGACGGCGACCAUGGCACCGUCCGCCACGCACCUCGACGAUGUAUUUAUCAGCGUGAAGACUACCAAACAUUAUCAUCAUUCACGUUUGCCGGCCAUCAUCAACACGUGGUUCCAAUUCGCCAAGAAUCAGACCUGGUUCUUCACGGAUAGAGACGACCUGUACUUCCAAAACCAAACUCAUGGUCACAUGAUUAACACUAAAUGCUCGUCCUCGCACAAUCGGCGGGCUCUCUGCUGCAAGAUGUCCGUGGAAUUUGACAGAUUUCUCGACAGCGGCCGAAAAUGGUUUUGCCAUUUCGAUGACGAUAAUUACGUGAACGUGCCACGCCUGUUGAAGCUCCUGGACAAUUAUAACCCGCGGGAGGAUUGGUACCUUGGCAAGCCCUCGAUACCUGCGCCCUUGGAGAUCAUCAGGCAGGGUCCGGAGCCACAGAAGCGACCGCAAAAGGUGAAGUUCUGGUUCGCCACGGGUGGCGCCGGAUUCUGCAUCAGCCGAGCAUUGGCACUAAAGAUGACUCCGGUUGCUGGCGGAGGAAAAUUCAUCACUGUCGGCGACAGAAUCAGGUUGCCAGACGAUGUAACGAUGGGUUACAUUAUCGAAUAUCUCCUGAAAAAGCAACUCACAGUCGUAGAACAAUUUCACUCGCACCUGGAGCCGAUGAAGUUCCUGAAUAAGGAUACCUUUCACGAGCAGGUCUCUUUUAGUUAUUCUAAGGGAUCUAGAGAUGAAUGGAAUAUCCUGAAGAUUGAUGGUUUUGACAUGAAGGACGACCCAAAGAGAUUCAAAUCCAUUCACUGUCAUCUGUUUCCACAUGUUCCUUAUUGUCCGCACAGAUGAUAUAAGAUCGCGCGGCGAAUAUAAAAAUAAAAAAAGUCGAAGAACUUAGUGAUCUCUCAUUGGUAGGGAAAAUGUUGGGAGGAAACGUGACUUCUCGUAAAGAGGAUGGAGCAGAGAAUUUAAUUCUUCAUUGCGGAGAGGAAACGUAUGAAAGAUCAACAUACGGUGAGGAGCAUUACUGAAUUAAUAACAUAUUCUUAUAUAUGUACGAAGUAAAUUACUCUUGUACAUGUAUACACAUACAUAUAAUACAAGAAAUAGAAAAAUAAAUAAUAUUACAGUGAAGUAUGAUCGGUUAAAUGCACUGAAAUAUACACGUAAUACAUAUAAAAAUAUAUAUGUAAUACAUCAUGAAAUAUAAAAGAAUUAAAAAAUUAAAAGAAGACGAAAAAUACAAACGUGAAAAAAAAUUUAUUUAAAACUUUUAUUGAUGUAUUGAUGAUAAAGAUUUUUAUUAUGUCUCUUGGCCGGUCAGGUCUAGAAUCAUAAGAUACGGGUGAGGAUAGAGAAACAAAAUUUAUAUGAGAUUUUCAUAAAAUGGAUCAGAACAUGGGAAGAAUAAUGAUUAUUGAUAAUUAUAAUAAAUUGAUAAUUAUAAUAAUAAUUAUAUUAACAUAAAAAAGUUUUAAAACUUUGUUUUAGCGUAUGCUGUGAUUAGUAAUACUUCACUUGUGUUUAUUUUUUUCUAUUUUUUUAUAUAUGGAGAGAGAAAGAUGUAUAACAAUUUUUCUUUUUUAUAAAAUAUAUUAUUUCAUACACAUGUAUACAUACAUAUGUUGUUAUGCUCCUUAUUUAUUAAUUAGUGAUUGCAAUAAGAUCGGAAAAGCACGUGAUGAGAAUUUUGAUUAUACUCGCAAAUUCUCUUGUUGUAUAUGUGUAUUACUCUUUUCUGUCUUUUAAAAUAUUUGUAUAAAGUUGUACAUAUAUAGAUAAUUAUCUUCGAUUCGUUUUGAUAAUUUUUAUGCGGUGCAAGUGAAGCUUAUAUUUAUGCAGUAGAUUGAAAACGAACAGAUAAUACAUGAAUAAAAUAUAAAAAUAAUAUUAAAUUAAAUAUAAAUACAAUAUUAAAAUUGGGACACUUUGGGACUGUAUGUAUUUAUAUGCACGAAGUGAGAAGAAAAUUUGGAAAAUGAAAAAAAAGGAAGAAAGCACAAGACAGAUAUUGAAAGACGACACUUUGUAAAAUUAUAACUUCGAGAAAGAUAUGCACUCAACAAAAGUUCCGCAGAGUAGCAAUUCGCAGAUGAUGAAGACAAGUAAUUUUGCUUUUCUACAUAUUGCAUAAUGUAACCUGCACUAGCACGCGUGUAGGCGUAUGUAACAGCUGCAUCUGUGCAAUACGAUACAUGUAAUUGUAAUUCGCUGACAGUCUCGUCAACGCGAAAUGGAAUUAAGCUAGUCCCUCGCAGAAAGACAGACAGCUGUAUAUAAUGUGAUAUUUAGUGCGCGCGAAUUUUUAUUUGUACACGUAUAUCUUUUAAUGUCUCUUCUUUUCAUAGGAUUUUACAUCGUCAAUUUUCUACGAAGCUAUAAGAAAAAAUAUUUAUAUGCGCUAUAUCGAAAUAUGUGUGCAAUAUCGAAUAUAUGAGACAUUUAUUUUCAAAGCUGUGUGAAUUAUUUUUGAUAUUUUAUAUUAGGUUGGCAACUAAGUUCCCGCCGUUUUUUUAAAUUUUAACAUUCCGCAUGUCGUUAAAUGUUUUUGGCAUAAUGUUUUAAAAAUCAUUCGAAAGAAGACGUUUUGUUCUACCGGAAUCUGUUUUUUUUUUGAGUUAAUUUAUGUUAAUUUUCAGAUCAUUAAAAUGGAAUGUCAAGUUGAGAAAAAUGAGCAUUUUCGACACCUCCUUCUUUUUGCUUUUAAUCAAGAUUUUAAGGCCGCAAAAGCUCGGAUUUCCACCUCUUUCGAUCUCUUUCAAAUGCUAUGCGUAGAGUUUCGUUCAAUACUGAUGCAGAAUUGAGAGCUUGGUUGGAUGAAUUUUUCGAGUCAAAACCGGAUGAUUUCUACCAACGAGGUAUUGAAAAUCUUGUUGAACGUUGGGAAGAAGUUGUAAACAACAAGGGAGAAUACAUUAUUGAUUAAUUAGUUGUUAAUUUUUAUUGAAAAAUAAACUUUUGAAAAAAAAAAAAAAACGGCGGGAACUUGGUUGCCAACCCAAUAGUAAAAUGUACAUAUAUCGAUUUUGGAAAAAAAUUAUUAUACACAAUUAGACUUACACUAUUUUGAAAGUAAACGAUUCAUAUUAUUAUUUGUUGCUUUCAAAGGACGAAUUUGGCAAUUUGGCAUUAUUUGAGAAGCGCGAGGGAAGCUUUAACAUUAUACACAGGUGAGAUCUCAAUAUAUAUUUAUCGAUAAGAUAUGUAUCAUAAUUACAUAUGUAACGUGAUAUAUGAAAUGAACGCAAAAAUUAUUAUAUAAUACUGUCGAUGCUGUUGUUAUUUCGAUAUAAUGGCGAAUUUCGAUAUAUUGAAUUGUACGAUAUUGAUUAUAUGCUGUGCGAUUAUGUUUUACAUAUAAUAGAUUGUAUAUGCACACAAUGAUUAUAGGAUUUUCAUAUUCAUCUUCGUCCAUGAUACAUGCAUCCUUUAUUCUCCACAACGCUGUUUUCCUAUGCAUUAUAUAAUAUGCUAUUUCUAUUUUCCUUGUUAUUUCCCGACAAUAUAUUUUUAUCUUUUUGAAGGUAGGAUGCUGUUGUGUUAUCACAAUUCUCGUCUUUUGAUUUUUCCAGUGUGUUAUUUACUAAA